GGGAAGCGAAGGGCGGACGGACGGCCAGACAGACAGAAAGACAGACAGACAGAAUUCUUGCGGACCAAGACUCGAGAGUAUAAAUAAUAAUAACACGACAUGGCAUCGACCGCAUUGAUUGCAAUGGCGCGGGGCCAUUGACGACGAGCGAGAAAGAAAGAACGCCACCGAAUCAUCAUCAUCAUCAUCAUCGACCCGACGACGAAUCGUAAUAUAAUCCGCUGCGCCUGCUGGGAUUUGCAAAGGCCGAGCCGUCGAUCGAACGAAGAACGAAGCGCGGAAGUGAAUGGUGUGCAGUGUGUGUGGAUGUGGGACGAUCGUCGUGCUCGUCGCUUCUGCUGCUGCUGCUCCUCCGACUGCGCCUGGCUCCUUUUUGCGGGCACUGUGAGAGUGGCGGUCAUGCGAGAAUGAGAUUGAAAUCAUUUCCCUUUCCGCAGCAGUGAAAGCGUCGUACGACCACUGCUCCUGCUGCUUGCGCUCGCGAUACUGUCCCUGACGGAGGGAGGGAGGGAGGGAGGGGAGCAGUACAUGGGCUUGAUUCAUGCGGGCGUGACAGGGAGGGAGCGGCCAAUGGGUGCGGCGAGGCUGGGCGGCCGACAGCAAUCAUAGGCGGGGCUGCGCGUUGCUGUGGGAAGAGCGGGGCAGGCGCGCGCGGCAUGAUAUUCGCGCGGACCUGCUGCGGAGUCGUGAUACUCGGCGCUGUGAGCAAUACGGGCGCCAGCUGCUGCUGCUGCUGCUCGGGCUCGGGGAGGCAGCGCGGGGCGACGCAUUUCGAACUCGCCUGCGUCGCCGGCAGUUGAAUCGCAGGCGGAGGUCAGCCACGCUGCUGACGAUCGAACGUCUUUCGGUCCGCCCGCGCUCACGAUGCGAAGUGCCCCGGCAGCCGCAGCUUCAUGCGCUUGAACCUCGCCUUGCGCCCGUGUCUCUGCCCCGCGAUUCGGCCUCCUCUCGUCGCUCCGGUUUAAAGCUUGCGCGUUCCGCUUGGGCCUGCGGUAGCUGUAGUAGGAAUGGCGUUGCUGCUCUGGGCGGACGAGAGGUGCGCGUGCUAGGAACCGCGCGGGUGUGGCAGCCGAGGCGCUGCUGAAGCUAGAGAAGGCGAGAGCGGUCGAGGCUGCCGUGGAAGAAUGUAGGUGCCACGAAGGCGGCAAUUUUGGCCCAACGCACACUAAGCGAGUGUGUGGGAGGGAGCGAUUUGAGAGCGAAGCUCGUAGGAUUUUAGUGGGUGCUCCCCCCGACGAGGACGAGGACGACGCAGGAGUCGAGCAGUGCUCUAGCGUUUUGUACUUUUGUAGUUCGGUGUAGAGAGAAUUUCGGAAGGGCCGCAGGAGAGGAGGGAAGAAUGGAGCUCUCGAGGAGUAGAGGAUUUGGUAUUUGCGGAUGGAAGACGAACCAGGUGCUGGUGACCAUCAUGUCUUUUAUGGUCAUGAGUCUGGUGUUUCUUCUUGCUUGGGAGGGCACUCGGCCUCUGCUGCUCGUCUUCACGCCCGAAACGAAGAUCUCGACUCUCAAUUGGUAUUUUGGCGACCGAGAGCAGACGAAGGCUAUCUGGGCCUCCAACGAGCAGGAUGAGUCAGGAAUGGAAAGAGUGGUGGAGAGGAAGUGGAGAUCAACGAGCAGGUUCGACGUCUCGCGCGACACAGCAACUCAAAAGGUUUUGAAUGAGGAAAUAUCAGUGGAUAUCAAACUGAAUAGUCUUCCUCGGAUGAAACACGCGGAUCCGUCGGAAGAUUGGGAAACUGUCAUCGCAGACAACUUCGUUGAUCGUAAUUCUCGAUCAACUGACCCUCGAACGCUUACUGGCGAGGUUCCGGCAGCACAUGACCCUUCCUCCACUCUCAAGAAAGACGACAAUGCAAGUGAUCGUCUUUCUCUCCGCAAGGAGAGAGUAAAUAUUUCAGGCUUCCCGACUCAAGAGACACUAAGAAUGAAGGAGUCUUCCACUCGAGAACUUGAUGACAGCGAACAUCAGGAUUCGACCAUCAACAUCACCACCAGCACAGCUACUAAUUUGGAUAACGUAGAUGAAAUUUUGAACGCAACGUCGCCUUCCGAUUCGGGUUCCAAGCUAGACUCUGAUGUCGAAGCCGACGCAAAGAUUGAUGAAAUCUUGGAGGACGCCAAAGAGGCUGCUAGCAAGACGACUAAUACGUCUAGCGGACCGGUUUGUGAUUUCACGCGAGGGUAUUGGGUGAAAGACGAGAGCCGACCUCUGUAUGACGGGACGAAAUGCAAAGCCUAUUUAGCUCAAAUGUGGGCCUGCCGCGAGAUGAACCGCCCGGACUUCGAGUACGAGAAGCUCCGAUGGCAGCCCGACGGUUGUGACCUGCCGUCCUUCACCAGCAGCAACUUUCUACAAAGGAUGAAGCACAAGGUUGUGGCUUUCGUUGGAGAUUCGUUGGGGCGACAACAGUUUCAGUCCCUGAUGUGUAUGUUGACGGAAGGAAAGGACGAGGAAGAAGACGGGAAUGUGGAGGAUGUCGCGAAGGAUUGGGGGUUAGCUGUAGCCCCAGGGUAUCUGAGAGGCAAGGGAUGGGCUUACAGGUUCAAGAGCACAAACACGACCAUCAUCUUUUACUGGUCCGCAACUCUGAACCUACUAGAGUAUGACAAGCCUGAAGAGAAUGGUUAUGCGGCUCUGCAUCUUGACCGACUCGACGUUUUCCUCAGUACCGACAUCCUCAAGUUGGACUUGCUUAUCUUGAAUUCGGGCCACCACUGGAACAGGGGCAAAUUUCAGAGUAACAAGUGGCACAUGUAUGUGAAUGGCAAACCACUGAAAGAUCGCAAGCUGAGUGGCAUUGGAGAGGCUUACAAUCUCAGUAUGUUCAGAGUUGUCGAAGCUCUUGAUGCCACUAUCACUAAGAAUGGAGGCAAGCCUACCGUAUUCAUGAGGACUUUGUCUCCAAGGCACUUCAAGAAUGGAGAAUGGAAUACUGGUGGUACCUGCGAUAAUACGAGGCCUGAUUAUGGUCAGAAGAUGAUCCCAUACAAGGGUCCCGCAACUGAUAUGGUUGUUGAGAAUGCUGUACGUGGGAGUAAAGCAAUACACCUCUUGAAUAUUGGGCUCCUCUCUGGCUCUCGAGAGGAGGGUCACAUUUCCAAGUACGGCAUAGGUAAAGACUCCGGCCACCAGGACUGCUUACAUUGGUGUUUACCGGGUGUACCGGAUGUGUGGAACGAACUGUUGUAUGGUCAUCUUGCUGUUGAUUUGAGAUUGGCGAGUCCUACUCUGCAGCACCAAGGGGAUGAACUGCAGUAAAUUAACCAUGGUAAACAUCUUUGGGCAAUAUUUUUUACGGGCGACUGCAUAUGCUUCUUUCUCAGGAGUUGUCAGUCGUAUGCCUGUCUAAUUCAAUAAUUGUAAUGCUAGGUUGCUUGUGGAGCCCAGGGAUUGCAAAUGUGACCCUCGUGGCUUUUUAGAAUUCCUAAUUGAAUAUGAGGGCAGCCUACAGAUUCACACAAUCUAGUUAGACGUAGAUAGAUAAUCGAACGGGUAGUGUAUAUAUAGACUGCACACAAGCAGCUGAAUGGCAGCAGGCAUUUUUUAACAACCUGCACCUUUGGAAACGUAACCUCACAUCAUUGUACACCCUUACUAUGAAGAAAUGGGAACCUUCUACUCGCCUCUGAUAGAUGAGCUAACUUGGAAAUUCAUCUAUCACCGGUAGGAUUCAUAUUUUC